AACAUUGUCUUUCGUACAAAUAUGAGAGCUCUCAGAAGAGAAGAGCAUCGUGACGAACAACGUCGAAAAGGAAGCGGAGUUGUCAAAUAGUUGACGCACCACGAACGUCUCACUGAAGGCUAUCAUGGGAACUGUAGUGGCGGCUUUACCCCUCGUAAGCUGGGUUCCAUGUCUUUGCAGCAGUGCCACAUGUGUGGUGUGUAGCUGCUGUCCAAGCAGCAGGAACUCCACAGUGACCAGGAUCAUCUACGCUUCCAUCCUGCUGCUGGGUACCGUGGUGGCCUGCGUCAUGUUGUCACCGGGUGUGGAUCAGCAGCUUAAAAGGAUACCAGGCUUCUGUGAAGAUGGAGCAGGUUCUUCCGUACCUGGCAUGCAAGCAGAUGUUGACUGCCAGAUGUUUGUUGGCUACAAAGCCGUGUACCGCGUGUGUUUUGGAAUGAGUGUGUGGUUCUUUGGCUUUUCCAUUCUAAUGAUUAGCAUCAAGAACAGCCGAGACCCCCGUGCCGCCAUCCACAAUGGGUUUUGGUUCUUCAAGAUUGCUGCCCUGGUGGCCAUUACAGCCGGUGCCUUUUACAUUCCAGAAGGGCCUUUCACCUAUGCAUGUUUUGUUGUCGGUUCUGGUGGAGCUUUCUUCUUCAUUGUGAUCCAGCUGGUGCUGCUGGUGGACUUUGCACACUCCUGGAACGAGUCUUGGUUGGACAAAAUGGAGAAUGGCCACUCCAGGGGCUGGUAUGCAGCCUUGGUGGUGGUCACUAUCGUCAACUACAUCCUGUCUUUCAUUGCUGCUGUUCUCUUCUUCAUCUUCUACACCAAAGCUGAUGAUUGCUUCAUCAACAAGUUCUUCAUCAGCUUCAACAUGUUGUUGUGCACAGUGGCCUCUGUUAUCUCUGUGCUGCAUAAAGUACAGGAAUGUCAGCCUCGCUCUGGUCUCCUGCAGUCGUCCAUCAUCACCCUGUACACCAUGUUCCUCACCUGGUCUGCCAUGAGCAACGAACCAGAUCGGACAUGCAACCCGAGCCUGCUGAGUAUCUUUCAGCAGAUGGCAGGGCCCACCGUGGCCCCCGUGGAGGUGGACAACCAGACUGCUGUGGUGGUCAUUGGCACGGAGGAACCCAUCCUCACAUCACCUUACCUGCAGUGGUGGGAUGCUCAGAGCAUCGUGGGGCUCACUAUAUUCGUCUUAUGCAUCAUCUACUCAAGCAUUCGUUCCUCCAGCACCAGCCAGGUGAACAAACUGACUAUGGCCUCCAAAGACUCCACCAUCCUGUCAGAGGCUGGAAGUCUGGACUCCUCUGGAGUCCAGACUCACUCAGUACCGAGGCGUGUGAAGGACAAUGAGCAGGACCUGGUCCAAUACAGCUACUCUUUUUUUCACUUCAUGCUCUUCCUCGCCUCCCUUUACAUCAUGAUGACACUCACCAGCUGGUACAGUCCAAACGCAGAUUACAGCAUCAGCAGCAAGUGGCCAGCAGUGUGGGUGAAGAUCACAUCCAGCUGGUUGUGUUUGUGUUUGUACAUUUGGACCCUGCUGGCUCCCAUCAUCCUCACCAACAGAGACUUCAGCUGAUCCUCCUCAGAAUAUACCACACACAUCACAUGUGGCCAUCAUGCCAGCUGGAACACUGCUGCCUUCCCCCUAGUGCAGCCUGCACUGAGGUCAGUUUCUUUCAGUUUCAGAAAAUAUUGACCUUCUUUUGCUUUGCAUCCUAACAAUAUUUCACUCUUUCGAGACCAUUGAAUAGUCUCACAUUCUACUUUUUAACGCUGCUCUUUGUUUUAUACUUUUUAUUUUCUGUACAUUACAGCAAACUUCUUACGCAGAACUUUAUUAUUAUUAAUAUGUAUUACAUAUCACAUGCUUGCCCUUAAUAGAAAUUGUAGCCAUUUGUCAAAUAUAUGCGCAUGUUUUCAAAUCAUUGUUGCUGUAAUUAUAAUUGAAAACAACUGUUUGUAAAUAAAUGUCUUCACACAA